AAAUUACUAGAAUUAUGAAUGGUGCAACAGAAAAGUACUGGUGUUGGAGCUCGGUGCCUGGUAGCUGCAGCAGAAAGUUGGACACACCAAAGACACAAACCUCACCUGUGCCUGCCACUCGUUCAGGUGUUUAUUAAUGGAUCGUGUGAAACAUUUCCGGCCACACAGCCGUCCCCGUGCAGCUGGUAGCUUCUUCUUGAUUGUCCGGGAUAACGUAAACAUUGUCACGUGGCACGGGUUUUCCCAGUUUCAGAGGGGGUGCGCGCGGUACGAGUAUCAGGACGGGCCGGGGAAGCGGAGUUAUGCGGAGGAUAGAUGGCUUUAAAGUCAAUAUCUCGGAUCUUAACUACACCGAGAGCUUGAUAUAUUGAAAAUAGACCGAAGGUAGACAAGCUGUUAUGAAAUUAGCGGAUAAAAAUAACAAAUUUGCUGCCUGAGUUGGUUUAUACCCAGCAUAUUGAAAAACACGUAUUAUCCACGAGAUGGCAGCAUUUUAUGUUUUUAAACGCCCUACUCCAUCAGCCUCUACGUGAGUUUGUAGUUAUUUUCAGUUUUAAUCUGCGAGAAAACACACAUACACACAUACACACAUACACAGUGCUGGGGUGAAGACAGCGGUGAGCCCUUUACUGACCCGCGGGCGUGGCUUCGGUGACACUGGUAGAAGGGCGGAACUGUGGCCCCUGAGUUUAAUUUAAAGCAUCCUGGGAUGACCAAGAUCCUCUGCACAAGUCAGCAGCUUCACUUCCAGCGGACUCAGUCGUGUCAUCCUCCAUCCUUCAGCAGGCCUGUGCAGCUGCAGCCAGCAUGUCAAACUCGGACAGGGUUGUGUUAGCUCUAGGAGGAGCGGGGACAGUGGGCUCUGGGAUAGUUAAAGCACUGCUGGACAAAGGUUUCAAAGUCGCAGUGAUCUCCAGGGACAGCAGCCGGCUGGAGAGACUGCGAUCAUUCGUCUCUUCCACCACAAAGGAUAACCUCACCACUAUAGUGGGGAAUGUGGGGUCAGAAGAAGGAGCAGAGCAGGCGAAGCAGGCCCUGCUGAAGGCGGUGGGGAAGGUGACGGACAUCGUCUCCUCUCUGGGCUUCAGUUGGUGGCAGGGGGGACCACCACACACCCAGACUCUCAAAGACCUACACUGGGUAAUUGAGACACUACUCUUCAGCACAUUUGUGUCAUGGAAGGCCUUCUUCCCCUUGGUGAGGGACGACUCCAGCUGCACCUACACCUUCAUAACAGGAGGAGCAGGCGAGAAGCUGCUGAUGCCUGGUACAGGCUUCCUGACAGUAGGAGCUGCCAGCACUCUGGCCUUCUGCCAGGUACUACGCGAGGAGUACCCUGAGGUGCCCUGCAAACUCAACCAGGUGAGACUUUAUACUAUUAUACUAUAAGACUUCAGGUAACAA